UCACAUUUAGUGAUAUAACGAUGAAUUAAACACCCGGCGUUGUCUUUGUAACAUGUAAAACAAUAUUAAUAUGCUGAACUUAAGGGGCGAUUUAAGGAGGAUCACUAGAGAAGCUGGUGUUAAUGGGAACUGUAGUUUUUUCCUCAUUGAUUUUACCAGCGUCAGCAAAAAUAUACAUGACACGGAAACGGUGUUAGAGAGGUUUAUAUGAGAGCAAAUGGGAUAUAAUGUAUAACAAAACGCGUAAACUAAACAGAGAUGCCAUGUAAACAUUUAGAUUACUGAAAUUAAUUUAUCAGUCGCGUUUUUUGUUCUGUGUGGCGUCAUGAUGAACCACUCCGUUUGCGAACUACGUUUCCCAUAAUGCUUCAGGGGCACGUGACAUUCUCGUGCCUCAGCUGCAUUUUGGUGGAGAAAACAGGUAGAUGGAGUUCAGUGUUGUUUUCAGACUGAAGGAGUCGAUUCACAUGAAAAAACGACUCCGCUUCGUGUUGAUUCACAGGUAAAAAAAAAAACUACGCUUCUUGUUGAUUCACAGGUAAACGAUUCCGCAUCGUGUUGAUUCACAGGUAAACGAUUCCGCAUCGUGUUGAUUUACAGGUAAACGACUCCGCAUCGUGUUGAUUUACAGGUUCAGAGAUGUGUCCAGAGUCAGAAAUGAUCACCGGUCUGAUCGCGGCUACGUUCACACCCCUCACACCACAAGGUGAGCUGAACCUGGCGGUGAUCGGACAGUACGUGGACUACCUGCUGGAGAAGCAGAGAGUGCGCUGUGUGUUCGUGAACGGGACGACGGGUGAAGGCUGCUCUCUAACCCUUCAGGAACGGAAGCAGCUGGCGGAGGAAUGGUGUCGUCAGGGCAAAGGGAGACUUGACCAGGUCAUCGUUCAUGUCGGCUGCCUGAGCUUAAAAGACUCUCAGGAACUGGCACGUCACGCCGCGUCCGUAGGAGCCGACGCCAUCGCCGUCAUCUCUCCGUCUUUCUUCAAACCCAAAAAUGCAGAGGCGUUACAGAUGUUUCUGAAGGCAGUGGGUGAAGCGGCUCCACAACUUCCUCUCUACUAUUAUCACUUACCCAGCAUGACGGGACUGAAAUUGAACGUGAGAGAGGUUCUGGAGGACAUCGAGAAGAAGGUUCCUUCGUUCAGAGGGCUGAAGUUCAGCGGAGUGGAUUUAAGUGAUCUGGGACAGUGCGUCAGUUAUUGUCGUCCUCGUGGUUGGUCCGUCCUCUACGGAGUGGACGAGCAACUGCUGGGAGCCUUGGCGCUGGGAGUCAACGGUGCUGUGGGAAGUACGUAUAAUUACGUGGGUUACUUCAUGAACAAGAUGUUAAGUGCAUUUGAAAAAGGAGACCUCACUCUCGCUCGAAGCCUCCAGUUUAAGCUGCAGGAUGUCCUCACAUUCGCAAACGGUCUAGGCUUCGACCUGGCCAUGAACAAGCAGGUGAUGAGCGUGUGUUCCGGUCUGCCGAUGGGUCCCCCGAGGCUGCCGCUGCUUCCGUCCCCUCCUGACGCCGUUCAGGAUGUCGUUAAGAAGCUCCAUCAGGACAUGGGGACAUGUCCUAACUAGAACAGUAGCACCGUUAUAAAUCCGGCCAUGUCGUACGCGUGAACGAGCUACGAUGUGUUUGACAAUGUGUAAGCUAUGAUUAGUUUGAUUAGCUUGUAAUCAAUACUCAUAACAUAUAACCAGUAACACAGGGAUCCUCGUCUCUGGGUGUAUCAUGUGAUGUGAUAUCGUCUCAUUAAAACAAGGUCGGGUUUCUUUCUCUCGUGGGCACAUAAACACUGAUGGGAUAUCCAUAUAUACUGACUUUGUAGCACUUAAUUGUUUCUAAAUAAACACUAGAAUUCAUGUUGAACAUUUA